AUGCCUUUUCCUACGCUGUCCCAAUUGGCUGCUAAGUCUAUUGCUCAAGGAAUUCAUGAUGAGACUAUAUCGCUUGACUCCGUUUUGGACACAAAGUCCAGCAACGCAAUUGUUCGAGAACUUUUGACAUUGGAUGGGAACAACUUCGAAAAGUUGAAAGUAUUCAAAAAUCAGUUGUCCAUCACAGAUGAAAGACAUGAACUCUCAAUUUCACUGUUCUCUGCCGACAUUCCUGACAUGAUUGAACUAUUCUACAACGUCUUCAAUAAGAAUUCAUUGAUUUCAUUUAAAAAAGAAACUGCUGAAUUCGUAUUCCGAAUGCUUGAAGCUACCGUAAACGCUGUGCGUCCAGGAAUAUUGAUUCCCGAUAGAGUUUUGAGUUUUGUAUUCGACAAGACUGUUGAUUUGGUUCGCCAAUUUCCGGAGCAUCGAUCUCAGGCAAUUCGAAUUAUAUUACAAGCUGAGAAAUGGAUGAGCUGGGAGCAAGUUCUAACAAUUGGAAUUUGA